CCAGCCGAAGAGCAAUUAGGAGCUGAUUUAGGCGGCGGUCGACUACCGGACGAUGUGUAUCGUAAAAUUCGAGCGGUUGAUCAAGGAACAAGUACGCUCACACAAGCCGGACUACAGGGCCUUAGCGCUAGGAUAUUGGAUAAAUCCGACACAAGAUAUCCAAACUCUGCUGAGAUCUACACUCAACAAUCCGACACGAGAUAUCCGAACUCUGCUGAGAUCUACACUCAACAGUUGAUAGAAAUUAUCAAGAAGCCUGGCCAAUCUCUUGGUCUUUAUCUGAGAGAAGGUAAUGGUAUUGAUAGAAGCCAUGGCGUAUUUGCCAGCCGAUUUGGCGAGAAUUCUGAAUUGGAGAAAAUUAAUAUGUCGGCAAUCAGCAGCGUCGCUGUUAUCCCAUUUUGUUUUUAUAAAGAAUCUAGCAGCAGUAAUGUUGCGCAAUGUCAAGGAAAGCCAAGACAAUCUAAAUUUUCAUACUCUUUUUCUCAUCUUUGGAAAAGAUUAUUUGGAACUCCUCAUUUGCUACUCUCCUUUUGUUCUUUGAGCUAUCCGAAUAAACGAGCAGUGCAAUUAUAUACUUCUGUAGCCCAUCUUCAGAUAUGGCGACGUUAUCCGACCGGGCGACGAAAUCCUCUCCAUCAACAACGUCGAAGUAUCGUCAAUGUCUAUCGACGACGUUGUCCUUAUACUGAGUAUCCCAAGGAGGCUUCUGUUGCGAAUACGAAUCGCCGGGAUCAGCCAUCUACUGCGCGAUCUUCUGAGCGGCCGGUUGUCGUUUUUCAUAAGUACUUCCGCUUUUCUCAGUUCGAAGAACGAUCAGACGAAUCGGCGAGUGGUUCGAUUCUCACACAACCAACACCGACGGCGCAUACUUGGCUUGGAAAGAAGGCGCGUCAGCAACAGCAGGUGGGUGAUUCGGUUGAGAUAUUUUUUCUGUUUGUUCUCCAUAUUUGUUCUACCGUUGAUAUCGUUUGCUAUUUCUGCAUUCUUUCGCUUCCACAAUGCUCUUACUUCUGUUACUUUUUUCUGCUUCCAAUAGACGAAGUACGUGCUGUUCAUAACACUUCGAUUAGCAUAUGGUUCUUAUUUCUCUAA